UCGGAGCCUGAUUGGGCGGUUAGCUUCACCGGGUUCUCUUUGGUGCGUGCCUAUGGUUACCGGCGUGUGAGAGGAGCCGAGGAGGGGGCGCGCUUGGAACCUGCUCGAAGAGACCCCCCCAUCCCGCCAUGUCACCCCGCUCCCUCGGCGGGCUUCUGCUGCUGCUGCUGUGCCUGCUCGGAGACGCCGUCGCCGGGUGAGCGGAGGGGAGCGGGAAGGGACCGGGAGGAAACGGCGCCGUCCCACCGGUAUUGGCAGGUGGCCUCGCGGUUGGGUGGAGCCCCCCUGCUCCCCUCGUCCCUCACUGCCGCCCAGGGGGCUUCGUCUCGCCCGCCCCUCGCCGCCACCUCUCCGCUUCCUCACAGGGGCAGCUCUCGCCUUCCUCUUCCCACGCGAGGCGGGUGGUCCUGUCCUCCCCUUCCCCGGUUACAGCCGUUAUGGCUCCUCCCCCCCCCAACCCAGGGUGACCGGGAAGCAGGCCGGUUUUGCUGCCGCUUUCGCAGCUUGUGCAGACGAGGGAGUUUCGGUUGGUUGGUACAGUGGUACCUCAGGUUAAGAACUGAAUUCGUUCUAGAGGUCUGUUCUUAACCUGAAAUUGUUCUUAACCUGAGGUACCACUUUAGCUAAUGGGGCCUCCUGCUGCCACUGCGCCACCGCCACACAAUUUCUGUUCUCAUCCUGAAGCAAAGUUCUUAACCCGAGGUAAUAUUUUUGGGUUAGCGGAGUAUGUAACCUGAAGCGUAUGUAACCUGAGGUACCACUGUAUAGUCGUGUAUUUCUGCCUGUGGUUCGGGGUAUCAGAGUUAUCUGGCCAGGACUGUGUUGAAAGCCCUGUUCAGCCACGGGCCACGCUCACCCUAGCCCACUCCGCAGGGUUGUUGUUGUGAGAGAUUGGAGGAAGGCCUGCGCCCACUGCCUUGGGCUCAUUUGAGGAAAGGCAGGUUAUAGAUGUGGUACGUGGCACAGAAGUAGGUGCUGCCCUUCACAUUGCGUUGUUGUACAGGUUGAGAUGCUAGUGCACUGGGAACAGGCAGGAACUGAAUGGAGGCCAGUACACUGUGGCCCGAUCCAAAAAAAAGGGGGGGGAGGUACUGUUGGGGACGUGUUUGUCUCCUCUGAAGGAACAGGUUCACAGCCUGGGGGUAGUUGAUCCAUCAUUAUCAAGGUGCAGGUUGUUGCUGUCAUUGAGCACCUUUUACUGACUUAUCCAUGCUCUGAUAACCCUCAGAUUAGACAACUGUGAUGCAUUAUUACAGGAUCCAGUAACCUCCUGAGAGGGACCUCCCCCUACAUUGUGCUGUCUCAGCUUUGAAGUCUGCCAGGGAGGCGCUUUUGGUAAUAUUGUUGAGUAAGGUUUGGGAGUCUGGUUCACCAGAAGGCUUUUCCGGCAAUUGCUACCUGCUUGUGAAACACACUGUCCCAGACGUUUGACUGAUGCCAACACUGAACAUUUUUCAGCACAGGCUGAAGACCUAGCCCUUCUUCCAGGUCUUUUGAGUAUGUUAGGUGUAAGAACCUGUAUGGUUUGAUAAUGAUAGGUAGAUUGAUCAAUUGUUUUAGGGUUGCACUGUAUAUUUUCUUUUAUCCUCUUGUUGGUUUCAUCUAAUUUUAGAGGUUGUUACUUGUCUUGAGGUAAUUUAAAAUGGAUGGAAGGAUACAAAUUUAAUUUAAAAAAUUUAAAAAUACAUGUUGAGACAGUUUAGAAACUACAACUGCUAGAUUGCUAGCUGGGACUAGGCAUUAUGAUAAUGUAUGCUUGUGCUUCAUCAGUUGCAUUGGUUCCAAAUCUAUUUCAAGGUCCAAUUCAAAGUGCUGGUUCAAGCCCUUUAUGAUACGGGGCCCAGGGUACAUGAAGGACCGUUUAUCCUUGUCUGCCUAUCUGUACAUUAAUAUUUUCAUAGCUGGUCCUUAGGUCCUUAUUUAGGUUCCCUGCCAUCUGAGGUACAGUUGGGUGAAUAUUGGGGAAAGGGCCUUCUCAGUGGUAGCCUCCCCGUUGUGGAAUGUUCUCUCAGGGAGACUCACUCUGAUGUCAUUUUAGGUUCAGGGAAAGGCCUUGUUGUUUCUCAAGACUUUUUAAUUCAGAUUGAUCCAUUUUAUCUUGGUUGGGCUUGUUUUUAUGCCUUUUCUAUUUGUAUUAUUUUUAUAUAUUUUGAUUUGUUUUAUUGUGAAUUGAAAUUUUGCCAGUCACCUGGUUACACCACUUCGGGAUCGGUGUGAUUAAGCUGUGUACAAUUUUUUGAAAUAAUUAAAAUAUAUAAAAAUAUAAAUCUAUAAUAAAUAAAGUACAGGAGCAUGCUAUUGAACACAGGGUGUCUUACUUCUGAGUAAAUAAAUAUGUGUAGGCUUGCCCCAAAUGACAUUGAAUAAAGAUAAGGUCUGGGAACUCCAAGAUAAAACACAGCCAGUGUUAGUUUGAGUGUAACUUAUGUUUGCUUGUCCCUUCUCGUGACGUUGGUUGAGAAUGUACAGUAUCAUAAAUCCCACAAGUAAAUUCACUUAUUUGUUAGCUUAUACAUUCCUUUCUAUUGAAAUUGCAAUAAACAGGGAAGCUUACACAAUUAAAAUAAAUGCCUGUGGCCUGAUACAGCCACUUUAUUGGAGCUAAGUAUGUCUGGGUUUGGCUUGUUUCCAGAUGAGCGUGUGUCUUGCAACCCCAUGUACACGACUUGGAGUUCCGUAGUGGAAGAAAGGCAAUAUAUAAAUUUACCUAAAUAAAUAAUAAAUGCCUAACAUAUAUAAGUCUACUAAGACUAUACUGUAUUAAAAUAAUUCAGUCCAUCUGGCCUAAAGCCUACUGGACCACAAAUGUUUUCAAUAAAUGGCAGAAGCUUAAGAGUGGGGACCAAGCAAGCCUUCUGUUUUUCUUUUCACUGUAAUUGUGUAUUUUUGGUAACACCUUUUAUUUCAUAUACUUCACAUUCCAUUUUAUUUGCAUCCGUUUUCUGCCAAUGUAUUCAAAGGGGUAUCCAGUUUAAAUACUAAUGUAUGCAUGCCUACACACAAACACACUAUUGUAGCCUCCUUAUCACAUCAGCUCCUUAAUUUUUGCCUUUGUUUCUCUUCUUUUUUCUUUUCCCUCAGGGGACACAGGCAUUGAGUAGACACUUGGGAAUAUGCAUAUUAUUAAUGUGUAGAUUAAGACCGCAUAGUACAUUUAUAGGACAAUCUUAAGCUUUUUUACUCUGGAGUAAAUCUCACUGUGUUCAGUAGGGCUUACUCCUUAGUACGUGUGUUUAGGGUUGCACUAUUAGAGAGAGACUGGCUGUGUAUAUGGCAUGUGGUUUUCAGUGAGCUCACGUUUUAAAAACAGGACCUUCCCUUCAAGUAUUCUCUGGCUGAAAGUUCUAAUACAUCCUUGGAGGCACCAUUUCUGUCAUUCUCUGGAUGCCAUGCUUGUAGAGCUUUAUUACAAGUUAUAAUUGUUGUGGUAAGCAACAAUAUUGGAGGGGAAGAAGGAAACGGAGCCCUCCUGCUGUUCUCUAACUUGUAGCCUGAGUAUGUGGUCGCAUUAAAGGAAGAAGAUGCACAACAAUAACUGGCUUCAUUUUUCUUUUAGGAGAGAUUUCUACAAGAUCUUGGGGGUGCCCCGUAGUGCAUCUGUUAAAGACAUUAAGAAGGCCUACCGAAAACUCGCCCUGCAGCUUCACCCUGACCGGAAUCCUGAUGAUCCACGUGCGCAGGAAAAAUUCCAGGAUCUUGGGGCUGCCUAUGAGGUUGGUGUAUUUGGGGAAAGUCUGUGCCCAACUAGUGCACCCAUUGCUUUCUCUGUUUCAAUAUUUGCUGUUUAGUAAAACCUUAGCAGAGUGAGCAGUAAGUAGACAAUGUCUUAAGUCAACUACAGCAUGGUUAUGAUAGAGUGUCAUUAACAGGCAUUCCUAGAAAGUCAUCUCCAUCCCCUUUCCUAUCAUUCAUUUCUUUGGGAUAAUUUAUAGACACACCUAUACAGUCAUACCUUGGAUCCCGAACGCCUUGGUACUCGGACAUUUUGGCUCCCGAAUGCCGCAAACCUGGAAGUGAGUGUUCCGGUUUGCGAACGUUUUUUGGAACCCGAUGUCCAAUGGGGCUUCUGCAGCUUCCAGUUGGCCAAUCAGAAGCCAUGCUUUGGUUUCUGAAUGUUUUGGAAGUCGAACAGACUUCUGGGAUGGAUUCCAUUCGACUUCCAAGGUACGGCUGUAUUUGAAAAUGGUCUGUAAAUGGUUUUAAGUUUGGCAAACAGACAGAACACAGAGAUUUUUUACUGUUGUUUUUACAUUAGCAACAAAAUGUAUCAUAUCUGUAUUUUAUCUGUGCCAAAUUAACAUGCUCUACCAAUUGUCUUUAAAUUGACAUAGUGAAAGGACUUCUUGAAGUUAAUGGCUGGUUAACAAAAAAUCAUUAGCUUGUUGGUUGGCCUGUUAUUGUGCUUUUUGGGAGCAUAGGUGAAGGAUUUAUUUAACAAAAUUUAUAUAAUGCCUGCUCUUUUUUUAAGCCUGUAAAGAAUUUACAACAAAAGAUUUUACAGUGGUGCCUCGCAAGACGAAAUUAAUCCGUUCUGCGAGUCUCUUCGUCUUGCGGUUUUUUCGUCUUGCGAAGCACGGCUAUUAGCGGCUUAGCGGCUAUUAACAGCUUAGCGGCUAUUAACGGCUUAGCGGCUUUAAGAAAAAGGAAACAAACUCGCAAGAACUCACAAGACGUUUCGUCUUGCGAAGCAAGCCCAUAGGGAAAUUCGUCUUGCGGAAUGACUCAAAAAACGGAAAACUCUUUCGUCUAGCGAGUUUUCGUCUUGCGAGGCAUUUGUCUUGCGGGGCACCACUGUAUAUUUAGUCCAAAUGACAUCUCCAGGGAGCCCAAAGUGAGCACAGUUGUCAGGCGUGAUUCUUGUAUUUGCAAAUACUAGUCCAAGCUAAUGUACAAGUGGAGAUUUUAGUGUUAGAUAGGCCAUGCCUGGCUUUCUGGUUCACCUUCCUGAUACAGAUAAAAAAGCACACUGGCCUAACCACUGAAUGACACGUUACAGGAAUUAAACUCAGGAAUGUUAUUGGCAGAGGGAGGUAAACAGAUGAAAUUCUAAACAUUUUAUGCAUUGCUCAUGCCUCAUGUUCCUGCUAGCUUUUUCUGGAUAGCCAGAUCUCUCUUUUCUGAAUUGAAGAACAGGAAUCCCCUUUUGACAGUCACACAGUUUUUCCAUUGCUCUGUAAAUUCAAUGAAUCAAGAUACUUGAACAGGCUGCAGCAUGGAAUGCACAGUAGUGUGGUUGGCAGGAAGAGAACUCUAGAGAAAUAAGAACUAUUGCACUAGGAGCUUGCAAGCUAGCUUUAUCUAGUUGACCGCUUCUUAUGCUGAAAUUAAAGUCUGCAGUAUGUUAUUAAAUAUGCAAUUAAUCACCCUAACCCUAACUUGCCUGUUGCUAAAUUUUGUAUGACUUGCUUUUGUGUAAACAUAGGAUUGGGGUGCAAAUAAUAAUAAUAAUAAUAAUAAUAAUUUUUAUUUAUACCCCGCCCUCCCCAGCCAAGGCCGGGCUCAGAGCGGCUUACAAGCAAUAAUAAAAACAAAUUGAAUGAUUACAACUUAAAAACAAAAUUAAAAUACCACAUUAAAAUAUGGAAAUGUUAAAAUGUAGCCUCAUCGCAGGAGGAGAAGGAAAGGAAAAAAGAAAGAAAGGGAGGGAGGGAAUCAAAUUGGCUCCAAGCCAAAGGCCAGACGGAACAACUCUGUCUUACAGGCCCUGCGGAAAGAAAUCAGAUCCUGCAGGGCCCUGGUCUCAUGAGACAGAGCGUUCCACCAGGCCGGAGCCAGAGUUGAAAAGGCCCUGGCUUCCUUAGGGCCCGGGACCACUAGGGUGUUGCUAGUGGCUUGAGGCUCUCCGUGGGGCAUACCCCACGGUCCCGUAGGUACGAGGGUCCUAGGCCGUGAAGGGCUUUAAAGGUCAAAAGCAGCACCUUAAAUCUGACCCUGUACUCUACCGGGAGCCAGUGCAGUUUGAAAAGCAGUGGGUGAAUAUGCUCCCGUAGCAGAGACCCCGUGAGGAGCCUCGCUGCAGCAUUCUGCACCCUCUGGAGUUUCUGGGUCAGCUUCAAGGGCAGCCCCACGUAGAGCGAAUUACAGUAGUCAAGCCUGGAGAUGACCAUCGCAUGGAUCACUGUGGCCAGGUCGGGGCGGGAAAGGUAAGGGACCAACUGCUUGAUGCGGCGAAGGUGUAAAAAUGUCGCCUUGGCUGUUGCUGUGGAAAGGGAGGAGUCAAGGAUUACACCCAAACUCUUAACGGAAGGCAAUGGCACUAAUUGGGCCCCCGCAAGAGAAGGGCAUACAUCUUCUGAUGAUAAAGUAUGGACAAUGAAAAAAUGUUUUGUAAGCCCUUCUACAGCUUUCACUGUAUUACAGGUUGAGAAUGGAAACCAGUGACUGUUGCUUAUCUCAUCUACUGUUGCUUAUCUCGUCAAAUUGUUGUUUAAAUAUUUGUAUAUUUGGUUAUAUCAAAAAGUGUUGCUCAACUGACAAUAAAGCUUCCAUUGUUAAAACAAGGAGAGAAGCAAUUUUUUGUGAUUUCCCCCCCUCCCCCUGCACCCACCCUAAAUCUUCUCUGGAGGAUCCUCCAACCUUCUAGAGCCCGAGGGAGAGGGGGUUGCCAGUGGGAAAUUGCCAAAAAAUGUUUCUUUGCUCAUUCUGCUAAUUGAAACCUUACUGGCAGCUGAGUGACAAUAUUGGACACAAUCCAUUGUUCAUAGGUUUUAUAAUGCUGAGUCUCCAUGCAGUUCUAAGAAUAACUGCAUUCAAAAUCUUCCAUCAGCCUUAAGACAUCAAUUGCAAUCAAGCAAACAAACAUUUUAGGCUGCCAUAAGGCCACUGCUGAAGGCAUUUCCCUGACAAAAAUCAGUGGAACGUGUUUCCACUUGACGUGGAAUCAAUUAAUACCAGAUUUCACUGCUUUGUAACAGUUAUGUUAAAGUUUUGCCUGAUACGUAGAUGCACACUGUUAUCUCCUGCAGGUAUUGUCAGAUGAGGAAAAGCGAAAGCAGUAUGAUGCAUAUGGAGAAGAGGGAUUGAAAGAGGGUCACCAGAGUUCUCAUGGAGAUAUUUUUUCACAGUAAGUCUGUUUUAUUUCUCCAACAUAUUUGCACAACAUUACAAGCUUUACAGUGAAGGGAUAUCAUUGGUAGUUCAUUGCAGCCAACACUAUUGCUGUAGUUUAUUGUCUUCAGGUUAUUCUCUGGCUUCUUUCAUAAUGAGUGACAUGUGCAAGAAUAUAUUACAGCAAUAGAAGUCUGUCAUGGUGAGUAGACACUGCACUGAAUCCAUAUCACACAAGUGAAUAUUCCUUUUAAAAAAAAUCAGCUAUAGAAGAGGCAGGGAAGAGUUAAGUCCCUUGUGACUGGGAAGACAGAACCAAUUAAAUUUAUUUCUGCUGGAGCAAACACUUCCAGGGGGAUCUGAAAGUCAAACUAGAAUGUCUGAAUAUCAGUUUCUUGAUUGGUGUGAAUGGGUCCUCCAUGUGGACAUUUUCAUCCUCCUUAUGAGGAGAGGCCCAACAUUGGCUCAGUUCACAUGCAAGGGGUAUGCCAAGGCAGGACAGUUAUUUUGCAAGUUCCAGAUAGUGAAAGCAAAGUCAGAAAACACUCACAAUUCUCUGGCCCCUGGGUCUGAUUUUUCCCCAAUGCUUUCACACCUUGCUUUGGGAUAGUGUUAAAGUUUUCCUCCAAAUAUCAAGGCCACUUGAACAGAGAUUACCUUGUUUGCUUCAUUUUGGCAGAAACAUAUUUGGUUCUUGGAGCUGUUAACCCUCUAGACACAGAAGCCAUGGCAGAGUUCACAGUGGCUCUCCAUUUCCAACAUGUAUCAUGCCUUCCUAUUUCCAAGGCACAGCAGCCUUUUGUUAUCAUGUUAGCAGUUCCAAAUAAUUUUCUGGAGGUAGCAUGUGAAUAUGCUUAAUAAAACUCUGCAGCUCUCAGAAGCAAUGUUAAAGCUGAGAAUAUCAGUGGUUUUAUGUAAGAUGCUCUGAAACAAGGUAAAUAUAUUUAAAAUAGUUAAAUAAAAAUCAGUAAGCCAGCUGUAUAGUUUUCCCUGUCCACAUGUGUACCAAUUUUGUAAUGAUGCACAAAUUUGCAGACCUCUUGUUUCAGGAGAUAUAUUCUGUAAUAUUUUCAUUCCCUGAGAGGGCACAACCACUUCAAAACCCACUCUGGGAUCUGAAGCAGGUUUUAUACAUCCCUUUCCUUCCUGUUCUGACACUGUUCAUUUAGUAGAAGAGUAGGAAGACCCACCCAUGUAUAGACCAGGCAAAGUUUACUGAGAAGGGGGCUCAGAGUCUAUGCAAAACUGAGUAAUAGAGCUGUUUCUUAUUGCCCCGUAAGCUUUUUUCACGUUUCAAUUUUUGCAAUUUGAUUGUCUCAGUGCAGUUUGCUUUUGUUUUUGCAAGCAGCUCCUCUUCCUGUUUUUAUUAGUUAUUUCUUCACAGAAGUUAUCCCUCAAAUUGGGAAGAGAUUCCUUUCAGGAAGGUGAUAUAAAUCUGAUAAUCUUCUGAGUUGAUGAAAUUAACCCUUUCAUGCAUGCUCUCCUACCAGUUGAUUUGAAGGAGCCCCACAAUAGGCCCAUUACUCUUUUCUCUUAAAUAAUGAUGGUUCAUUUCUUUACAGUUUCUUUGGAGACUUUGGUUUCAUGUUUGGAGGUAAUCCUCGCCAGCAAGAUAGGAACAUUCCAAGAGGAAGUGAUAUCAUUGUGGACCUAGAAGUUACACUGGAAGAAGUGUACUCAGGAAAUUUUGUGGAAGUAAGCAUGCCAGUCUGCUCCUUAUUAUUCUGUUAAGUUCUGGGGAUAUGGAAGUUAUAUAUUCUUCUUUGAACAUAAAUGAGAGUCUACACUGAAAUUUGGCAUCAGGCUUCUUCUUCCCAUGAAUGGCAUACAGAAAAGUAGAAAAUCGCUAUCACUUUUGUAUUGCUACUGAGAGUUUGUGGUUUCUGCCUUUCCUGGCACUUUUGCCUUUAACAGACCAUACAAUGAAGAAUGUUGUUGUCACCUGAGUGCUUGUUGAGCCAGUCUUGAGGGUAUUGCUAAUGUUCCAGUGGAACAGCUGGUAGUGCUAAUGUUCCAGUGGAACAGCUGCAGCGAUUUUAACUGGUCUAACUAAAGCUUUUGCUAAUUGAUCUUUCUGCCUUUCGUCAUUACUGAGCAGGCUGCCAAGUUAUUUCUGCUUCUAGUGUGUGUAGAAGGAGGUGGCAACAAACUCAAAUUGUGUCUUGCCCUCUGGAGAGUUUUAUGUGAAGUGAAACAAGACUGUGAUGCCAAAAAAAGAAGACUGCUAGUAGUGGUUGGGUCAUAUUUACUGUUGCUUUUUCAGAAACAGUCUUUAACACAGCUUCUACCUUCUGCAAAGGGAGAUAAAUCCCUCCCUCAAUCCUCGAGCAUACUUUGGAUUCAGAGGGGAACAACCAGAGCUGGACACAAAUAAGGGCUGGCUUCUGGUAAGCCGUAUCCAAAUUUGUGGAUUCCUGCUCUAACUGCUGCAGGUAUUCACAAAUCAUUGAAAUAAGUUGUGCUUUUGGUAUUCAUAAGUAGGUCGAGAUUGCGAUUAAUAUUUACUAAACUUACGAGUCGCCUAUGCAGAAAAGGUGUAGGCAAUUUUACAAUUCAAAACAUUAGCAACAUACAAUAUAAGGAAUACUGUACAGUGAUACCUCAGGUUAAGUACUUAAUUCAUUCCGGAGGUCCAUUCUUAACCUGAAACUGUUCUUAACCUGAAGCACCACUUUAGCUAAUGGGGCCUCCCGCUGCCGCCGCACCGCCGGAGCACGAUUUCUAUUCUUAUCCUGAAGCAAAGUUCUUAACCUGAAGCACUAUUUCUGGGUUAGCAGAGUCUGUAACCUGAAGCAUAUGUAACCUGAAGCGUAUGUAACCCGAGGUACCACUGUACACAUUUUAAAAUACAUAAUUUAAUCUUCACCAAUCAACAACUAUCAAAAACACCUGUUCAGACACAUACCUAAAUUAGGAUAUGUUGGUAUCUAACUGACUUGUUCCAUCAGAGUAAGGAUUUCUGCUGCACAAUGGAAUUCCCCCCUGUGUGCCCCCCAGAUCUGUUCUCUGGGUCUCCUCAAUCCUCCAAAAUAGAUUGGGAGAGGGUGCAGGAGGGAUCAAUUGCACAAACAGAGUGCAUUGGAUACUGCCCAUUAAUACAACAGAGACAACCAGUCCCACCCACCAAAUAUAUAAGCAUUUUUAGAGGAAGCAGCAGCACUCUCACUUCUGCUAGGCUGCCUUGUUUUGUCUGUAUAUAUGUAUGUGACAUGCUAGCUGCAAAGCCUAAGGUGGCAAGCUGAGGUAAGUGGAAUGUGUGCGUUUACUCAAGCCAUCAAGACUAAAGUGCUUUAUGUGUGUAAUCUGAAUAUGAGACUCUGGUUCUUUAUAUUUCUGCAGGUUAUUCGAAACAAGCCAGUAGCAAGGCAGGCACCAGGGAAGCGGAAAUGCAAUUGCCGGCAAGAGAUGAGAACAACUCAACUAGGCCCAGGGCGUUUCCAGAUGACCCAAGAAGUAGUUUGUGAUGAAUGUCCCAAUGUCAAGUGAGUCUGAGGUCCUCUGGCUCUUUGGUGCAUGCAUAGUUUGCAAUUAUGCAUCGCUGUUGAAAGUAGCAGAGAGAGAGAAUGGUUACAUUACCACUUUGAGCCACAUGGUGGUGUAUUGUGUAGCUCAUCUAUGGGAAUGAAAGAAGGAGAAAUUGUUGGAAAACCAGGGUUACUGACUGGAAUUUGAAUAAUUGCCCCACCAAUAUAGAUUCCCUGAUAUAUAUUUUUUCCUGUCAAAUAGAGCAUUUCAUUUGUGUUGUGGAAUGGAAUGGAACUUGUGAAUGCUCCCUGCAGCAUUCUUAUAGAUGACUUCUUGAGUCAUCUGGAAACACCUUCUUUCUGUGUACCUUCAAGGUUCCAUAAUGUAGUAAGCCCAACACUUCUGUAGUUCAGUUGCACAGCAUGGUCUGAAUAGCAAAGAAAAGCAAACAUCUCUUCUAUAGUGCAAUCAUUAAAGAAAGAAAGCAUUUUAAAAAAAAAAAAAAAAAAAGAGUACUGCCUUUCUCCCCUGUUUCUUAGGCUUGUAAAUGAAGAACGAACCCUAGAAGUGGAGAUAGAACCUGGUGUGAGAGAUGGUAUGGAAUAUCCCUUUAUUGGAGAAGGUACAAUAUUCCCUUUCUAUCUGGAGUUAAUAUCUUGUUGGGUCUGAGGUAGUAAAGAACUUGGGUGGGGGGUAGAACUUGUCAGAAAAGCUGGUUGAUUUUUCAAAUUGGUUUCCUUUUUGAAAGAACCUGUUUUGGGGCUGGAACAGCAGUAAAGAUUCACCUCUUCUAACUCAGCGCUAUCUACAUAGAACAUUAUCCCCACAGCUACCUUAGCAAUGGCAGUUCCAGAGGAUGCUCUGGUGGAGAGCCUCCAAUUGGCCAUGGGCAACAGCCAUGCCCCCAUCAAUGGCACCAGUUGCAUUAGGCUAUAAUAAGGAAGGGAUGCAGGGUUUCCAUUAGCUCAGCUAAUAAGUCAGGGUUCUUCCCCUGACACCUGGCAGCAGCUAUUCUGUCAGGCAGCAGAGAAGAGAACGAAGACAAGACCACACCAUCAGUACAGCUGAGAAACCAUCAACUUUUGGCACCUCUUUUCCUUUAACACUUUCACCCCAACUAGUCAUUAGAUUUCAAAUAACUUGUACCUGAGUUUACUUAUUUUCUGCCAUCCAAUCCAUUUUACUUUUGUCAUUACUUUGUAGAUGGUAAGUAUGAGGGCAGGGACUUGAGUGAGGAUUUUUUGUCUCUAUCAUCUGUAAGCUACUAUACAAUCCUAUUUGGUGUAAGAGCAGGAUAGAAUUAUUUAAACAUCUUUUUUACUUGGAUCAUGUGACUAUCGGAAAGCUUAUAGGGAAGAAUUGGCUUUGGGUUUCAUUUGUGGGAAGUGAAAUGGUUUUGAAACCAGACCCAAUCCAUAUUCAAACUUCCACAGGUGAACCACAUGUUGAUGGAGAGCCAGGUGACUUGCGCUUCCGAAUAAAAGUUCUCAAGUAAGUCGCUUAGUUAUUUUUGCCUUGUUUACCCAUAAAUUGUUUAACCCCCCCAAAAAAAUCAUAUAUUAACUAGUCACUGUACAAACUUACUUUGCAUAAAUAUUUCCACCCGCUAAGCUGCAGAAGGUUUUGAUGAUCCCCAUAGAAAAUUGUCCCGUCCUGCAAAGACUGAGGUGGAUUUAUUGCCUUUGGCAACAAGAGUGACAGACAGACAGGAUAAUUCACAAAUCUUCAUUCAUUUUUCUAAAGUUAAAUGCUAGAGAGUUUGACAAGUAUUACAGAAAAUUGAUGAAGUAACAAGUAGAAUAUGUUAAUGUUUUCUAACAUCUUUCCUACAGGCACCCAGUUUUUGAGCGAAGAGGAGAUGAUUUAUAUACAAAUGUGACUAUUUCACUGGUUGAGGCUCUUGUGGGUUUUGAAAUGGAUAUUGCCCAUUUAGAUGGGCAUAAGGUAAGGCAGUUUUUUCUAUUUGAGAUAAUACAUUUUCAGAGUAGUCUCCUAUGUUAUUUCCAUGAUAAUUGCAUCUGUUGACACUAAAGUAUGGGGGGGGUUUGCUGAUGUGUCAAAGUAUUUAGUCACAAAUGCCAAUCCUGUAAACUCUUCACCACACUCCCAUCUACUAGGUGCAUGUUGCCCGGGAUAAAACCACAAAGCCUGGAGCCAAGCUGUGGAAAAAAGGAGAAGGUCUUCCCAACUUUGACAACAAUAACAUUAAAGGCUCUCUAAUAAUUACAUUUGAUGUAGACUUUCCCAAAGAGCAGCUGACAAGUGAACAACGAGAAGGUUUGUAUCUAUGUAUCCUAGAAUAGUGUUGCUAUGGUAAAAUCCCACAUGGUUUGAUCAGUAGUUCCAUUUACUGAUAUAUUCUUCAUGCUGAGAUCUGGAAGUUACUUUGUCAUCUAAGUGUCCAUCUUGUGGGUAUCAUUCUGUCAUUUUCCAGUUUUAAGAUUCUGUGUUCAAAGGCAUGCCAUCUAUUAGAAUAGGUUGGCUGCAAGAUAAUGAUUCAACCAGUUUGCUGCAGCCUGUCAGAAAGGGCUGCUCUGGCUAUAACAUGGUCCCAACCACUACAGACAUUGUGACAAAAGUGACAAGAUCUCUUCAGGGGUAUGUUCUGGAAGACUAGGGAUGGUAGGGAGGAGAGCAGCCAUUGCUGCUUUGUACAAUUUUUAAAAUAUUGCUAACUUUUCAAACAGUGAAAUUUGAAAACAGGUCAGGAAUCUUUUCCAGGCGUCUUGCUUGUUCCUAGUCUGCUUUAGUUAUUAACCAAGGUAAUAUCAUUGCUUUUGUAGCAUAUCUGUUUUUCUGUGGGAGUAUUUGCAUAGACAUCAUUCUGGAAGUUUUUCUCAAAACCGUUUUGAGUGAGCCAGACUCAAAGUAUCAGAAUUCAUUUGAUUUUCUUUCCUCCUUGUGACAUAUUUGGAACAUUGUAUGGUUAUUACUUUUUUCAAUCUUUUGCAGGUCUCAAACAACUGCUGAAACAGGCAUCAGUGCAGAAGGUGUACAAUGGACUGCAGGGAUAUUAAGUGGUGACAAAUGAACUUUGUUGCAACUGAGAGAAAUCAGUGCUGUGAACUGCAGUCUUCUGGUUGUUGUAGAACAAAGCUGAGGGGUGUUGGAGUGACUGCUGAGCCCUCCAUUUUUACAAAUAGUGAAGGUGAUUUGGGGACAGAUCAGAAGACGGUAAAAGAAUUUUCCUUAUUUGGGACACAACUGGUGCUCUAUCUGGAGCAAUCAGGCUCCAGCAGUUGAGAAAUGUGAGGCGUUUUAACACACGUACCACGUUUGAAAUUCUGGUUUUAAAAUAUAUUUUGAUGUUACUUUUUCUUGCCCCUCUGAGUGAAUUUUCAUAACUCGUUCCCUAUCCCUCCGAUUUACUUUAUAUUGUCUCUGUUUCAGACUUUUAAACUAAUGGGUUCUUUGCUGCUAUCAUUUUUGGUUCUUGGGCCCAGCUUGGAAAAUAUGGGUUUAAAAUCUUUUCAGUCUCCUAAUUUCUGUACAUACCUAGUCCUCUUAUCACUCACUCUAAUGGAAUUGAGGCAUGAGAAACCCUUAUCUCUGCAGUUGAAAUUUCAUUUGCUUUCUGCAUUGUCCUCUGGGGUUUGACAACUGUCCAGAUACUUCCUAUUGUUUGUACUGUGGAAGUGUACUGUAGCUGUUGCCACCACACAGUUUUGCAUUUAGUUCUACACAAGCAUUGCUGCAGUACAUGACACUGUCCAUGAAAAAUUUUGACAGUUUGCUAUGCAUUUCUAAGAGUGGCAGCAGUACUUACCACUGGGUUUCCUUUAUAGACUAUAGCAAAUGUGUAUGGAUUUGUAAUCUGUGGUUCAUAAACAGACAAUCCAGCAAGCAAAGACUAUGCAGUCCCUUAGACGGAGCACCAUUUGAGUAGAGAAGGUUUACACUUGGUUAUAUGGGGUGAAAGUGAUAAGACUCUCAUUGCUGAUAGAGAAUUUGCUCCAUGCAGCUCCAAAAGAGAAAUGUACUCCCCGCUCCUCCACCUUUGUGCAGCUGUUGCUGCUUUCCCCCUAUUUCUUAGAAACUGCAUCAAAACACUUCCUCCCUAGCCUGUGGUUCAACAAAUUCAGUCUUUGCAUUUUAUGCAAUUGAUGUAAGCCAACAUACUCAUGUAGCCUUCUGUGGGAACUGUAAAGCCAAUUCAUAUUUUACAGAACAAGUAUGUUUGCAGCAAUAAGCGAUGUGGUAACCCCAGCCACUCAGGAACCUAGGACACUUUGAGCUUCCCAUAUGCUUACAAACCAUUGCCUCCAUUUCACACUGCAUAUGGUAUUGUACUCCUGCAAACACUGGGCAUAUAUGCAACACACACUUUUGUAUCUGAAUUUGCCCUUGUUUCCAACUGUUUUGAAGACUUGUUGAUAACACAUACAUUCAUGCAAGACAGAAAGACUCAGAAUGGUAUCCAGCUCUUCCUUUAUCAUCCAAACUCUCCCUUGGCUAAUGAGCACAGCAAUCUUAAAAAUCUUUCAGGCUCCUGAAGUAUAUCCCCUGCAAUUAGUUGUGUAUGUUUCAAUAUGGCUUAUGUUCUCUUCUUGGUGAAAUGUUAGCUGGAUUUUUUUUCUUUAUAUAUCAGCUCCUUGUGCUGGAUAAGAGUGAAUCAGUGCUUAUUUUCUCUGCUGAAGAUGAAAGUGUUGUAUUGGCACUAAUACUAUCUGAAAUAACAAUGUAUUGUCACCAUAAUCUAUGUGAACAGAGAACUAGAGAUAGAUUAGCAUUGAAAGUGUCCACAUAACUGUUGAUAAGUUGGAGUGAUUUUAUAAAAAAUAUCCAGCAUUUGCUACAUUCAGAAAGCCAGCCCCUUCCUAUCCUUCCUCCUACUGUUGAAAGUAUUUUUAUGUAUAAAGAGAAGAGGCCUUAAAGAGAGAGCUGGAAGGGUUUUGGGGUUGCUUUUAGUAAAGAACCUUUACCAUUUCAAAGCAGAAAGAGACAAGUUUGCUAUUUUGCAGAAAUAGUAGAGUUUUACCUAUUUGGGGUGUAACCCAGUGAGGCUUGAUUGAGCAGAUGUCUAAUGUUCCUAAGAGCAUUUUUAAAUGAGUUUUGGCUUUCCACUCAGAUCUGUUGCAAGGAUAAGAUGUGUAGAGUUGAGGAGCAACUCCUGGUUUGUCCCUUGCUGCUGUAAUCUCAAGGAAGUCUGUGGAAAGAAAGUUAAUGGGAGUCCUGGCUUCUGGAAGUGUUCUUGUAUGCUCAGUACUAGCUUCAGUAAGAGAAGCACUCUUUCUAGCUUGGCUUCCUUUUCAUCAAAGUAGACAUCUCUGUGGCUCUUGAUUCCUCCUCCACCCCCACUCACUCACCCAGUCAAUAGAUAUUCCUGAGAUGUUGGGUUGUUAUUGUUGAAACUUAUCAUUCUGCAUUGCACGCUAUAUAUCCAAGGGAGGUAUGAAGAUAUAACAAGAGUCACACAUGGCUUUCUUCUCCAAAAUCUGCUGAAGUAUACCACAGUGCCUUGGAUAUACCUGCCACACGAAACACUACAGCAGAGCUUUCCAAACUGUGUCGUGACACUUUAGCGUGUCGGCUGCAGCGUUUAGGUGUCUUGCGCGAUAUGUGUCUGUAUCUCUUAUAAGGGGUUAGUUUGAGCUCUGGUUUGCUAGGAGAACUGAAUGUGUCGCAGAGUGAUGCAUGUCAAAAAGGUGUGUCACCAACAUGAAAAGUUUGGAAAGCUCUGCACUACAACAUGAUCUCACUGCUGCUUCUGAAGACUAGGGACAGUGGUGCAAUGCCCAGUUCUGGAUCCAGAAUCAUUCAAACAUCCCUUCUCAUCAAGCAUUCUGUUUCAACAGCGGUCAGCCAGAUGAUUCCAGAAAGCCAACAAUCUGGGCAUAAAGGCAGUAGUUUGUACAUGCAUGCACACACAGACACACACUCUCACUACAGCAACAUGAUGCCUCAAAAUGGAGGCUCCAUUCAGCCAGUCUUUCUAAUAGCCAUGGAUAGACCUAUACUUCAUUAAUUAGUUUGGCCCAAGAGCCAUUACCACAUUUUGUGGCAUGUGAAGACUUUAUUUUAAAAACUAUUCAUCGAUCCCAUCUCAAUAUCUUACGCUGUUGGACUGAAAUAAUGUCAAAUAGGAGCAGUAAUAAUUCCCAGAUUUAGGAUGCUUUAAAGGAGGCUGUGAUUGAGCAAAACGAGGUUCAGGUAUGUUUUUAUGCUGUGCUUCUGUGGUGUCAGUCCAUUGAUGUGGGUGAAACACUAAAGUUCUAUGGGGAGAGGCUGUUUGCCCUGGUAGUAAUGACAGGAGAUGGAAAGAUUCCUGUGAGACCGGUAGUGAUCUUGCUGUUGUUCUACAGCCCAUCUUAUUCUUACAGGUAGAUGUGAGGCAAGGGAUACAGAUUUAUAUAGACAUUGGCUUGUUUCUUCAUAUGAAUUUUUUUAAAAAAAAAGAGGGAUGGGAGGAAUUUGAAUCAGUUUACAUUUAAAUGCUAACCUACCUAAUCCACACUUUCUUUAAAAAAAUACACAAAAAUACACCAAGCAAAAUAUAAGCCAUCCUUUGAAAUUCACCCUUCUCCGAAUUUUGCAAUGUAGCUCUCCAGCCACAUAACGUGUACAAAAAUGCAUAUAUUGGUGAAAUGACAUAGAAAUUCACACUAAAAUAAUGAAUUUACAUAAGGACUCUUAAAAUAAAAUUCUGAUUGAUGUGGAAAUGUGGAGAAGUGGACUUAAAAUUGGAAAGAUGAGAAACGGAAUUGGGCAGAUUCACCCAUCCCAACUUCAUUGUUCUUCUGUGGUGUUUGGUUAUCCCAUCUGCAGAGCUGCUGGUCCAUAUAAUACUUCAGAUGCUAUCUCUUCCCGCCUGUGCAUAGGAAGAUGCAAAGAGCUAGUGCCAUUACAGCAAGGGCACCAAGGCUGAUGCCUACCACCAGUGGAGUGUGUGAACGUCCUUCAUGUUUCCCUGUAAGGC